AUGGACAAUUAUCAUGCGAUUCACGGUCAUGACAGAGCUAGCUUUGACACACCUGGUACCCACCGACUGCCAACCGUCUCGGCAUCUCAGGCUCUAGACGAGCUACGAGACGACACUUCGAGUCUCAUACCGACAGGCUUGGAUGAUCUAGAUCAAGCACUUCUUGGUGCAAUAUCGAUUGACACCCAGGGCUCUCCUCAGCACGGUGGUGUGAAACGGGGCCAAGUGACAGAGAUAUGGGGACCCCCAGGAACAGGCAAGACAGCCUUGGGUCUACAGCUUGCCGCAAACACACUGUGUGAUGGCGACGCCGUGGUCUGGGUAGACUGCUUCCAGGCAGUACGUAGUCAUAGGAUCAAGGCAGUAGUCGACGGGGUAAGGAAGUCUCAUGUCCCUAACGCCCCUGAAGGAGAACAGGAGAGCGACUCGAGCCGUUUCUUUCACUACUCCUGUCUCACUCUGCCUCACUUCAUCGCUCUCGUUUCGCGCCCAACACCCAAAUCAAUAGCGGCCAAUUGCUCUUUAUUGGUUAUCAGUUCCCUGUCUGCGCUGGUAAAUUCGGCUUUGCCCAAGAGCAAUGAUGCAAAGGCGGCUCCUAAGCUUAGCAAGGGACCAACCCCCGCCGCAAAAAGAGUGCAGGCGCUUCAAUCCAUAAUGAACGCUCUUCAGAAACUAGCUGCAACCAGGAAUUGCGCAGUUGUGAUCCUGUCGCAGUGUGCGACAAAAGUGCAUUCAGAGAGGGGCGCAACCCUGACUACCGCUGUGAACGCAACAGUCUGGGAACAAGGCGUGUCAACUCGAUUGGUUCUGUUCCGAGAUUGGAUCUGGCAAGGGAACAAACUAGCCAGCGUCUUUUUGGCAGGCCUGCAAAAACUCGAUGGGAAGGCGACCCAUGAGGCCGUGGAAAAUAUUGUCGCAUUUAAAGUGGAACCAGACGGCUUGGCCAAGGUGCCCUACGAUGCGACUCAAUCAAUCGAUAUGCCAGGCCAGAAGCGGAAACGGGGACACACAGAACUCGAAGUGCCUGAUAGCGAGGAUGAUGAAAAUUACGGAUGGGGGGAUGGCGAUGAGGCGGCAAUGCCGGCCCCGCCACCUCAGUGGCAAGGAAGUGAAGAUAUUCUCCUGGGGCAGGAGGUCGGGCGAAGCGAUGAGGAAUACAGUGAUGAUGGCUACGGCGACAGCGACGGUGGCAGAGAGGGACUGUACGAAAGCGACUGAAGAGCGACCGAGCAAUAUUGAUGGAUGACGACCCCGGAGCAGUGUCUCCCUCUCGGCGCCGGUGAAGCGCCGAGAAGGUACACCGAGCUCCACGAGCGAAAAAGCUCCCCGGGUAAACCCCACAGAACCAAGGAGUCGAACGGCAGAGCGCAUUGAUAUGAGCCCCUUACUAGACGACGGAUCCGCCAUGACGAAAAGUUGGGCAGUGGAGAGGGAGAGGCGACCAUUUCUACCGGUCAAAUGUCGGCUUGUCUGGGCAUCGGUCAAGUCCGGCCGAACACCGAUAGUGGCAGGCCGUGGAAGCGGCGUGGAGGCGGCGUGGAGGCGUCGUAGAAGCCCUGGGGAGGACUUCGUCAGAUUUAGCCGGGCCUCCCAGAAGAUGACAUGCUUCUGGAAGGAUGAGAAU